AGCUAUAGAGCUAGCUAGCAAAUUCCCGUUGUGCUGUUUCUGCGAUGUUCUGUAUAGAUUACUCGCCAGCUAGUCUUGGUUUUGUUAUUGAAACGCGUCUUUAGUGGAAAAAGGAAAAACUUCAAAGAAAUUAUUCGAAGACUAGAGGAAGUACCUUCUCUUUCCGUAUAACUUGGCUAGCUAGCUGGCAUCGCUACUGGUCAGCAAGCUCUAGCAAUAGCUGAUUGUAGCCCAACUAGCCACACUUUUAUUGCUUGUUAAUGUUAGCUAACUAUAGCUAACAAGACUGUGGGGUAGAUAGCGUUAGCCAGUCAAUUAAAAAUUACGAACUUCAGGAACCUUCGAAUAGUUACUUGGUUAGCUAACAUUGCAGAUUGCUAUAGCCAGCUGAGUUACUAUUAAAUUAGCCAGUAUUUCUUAGUUGGCUAUCCCAUCCCAAGCAUAGCAACAUUGGCAUAUGAGGUUCGUUAUACCACCAGAUGAAAUUUCUUAUUAAGUGCAGCUUCAGGGAAAAGAAAACGUAAAACAAUUUUUGGCAAUGUCAACGAAUGGCAGCCCAGCUAAUUCAGCUUUAGUUUCCGAGCUGUCGUUCUCAUUUCAGGAUGAGCUAACAGCGACCAUACACAAUGCAUUUGGAGUGGCUGUGGAGAUGGCUGUGCUUGAGAUCACCAAACUGGUAGGCCAAGCGUUGGGGGAUGUGCGUGAUCAAAUGCAUGAAACUUUGCGGGAGAAUAAGUCACUCAAGCAGCGUUUACAAGCAGCUGAGUUGGAAGUAUGCUCCUUGCGUGUUCGCGUCAGUGAUGGAAGCAAUGGGCAGCUGGCUGCGGCAUGUAAGUUUAGCUCUGUUGAUGGAGUUCAACAGGUUCAUCUACCACCGUUACCCCAUAUCGACAGCUUACAAAGCCAGCCUAUUCCUGGAAAACAAAAACAGCAGGGGAAUAUCGAAUCAAAACAGCCAAUCGAUGCAUUAUUGAAUGUAGAUGAAAGGUAUGGAUUUUUGACUGCAGCUGGGGAGAUCGAUGGACAGCAUAAAAAAUCGUUUUGCGAAAUCCGCGAGGAUGGACGUGUCUGUUCUCAUGACCUAAACUCAAAUUUAGGAGGCGAGUCAAAAUCACUGGAGCCUCAAGAAUCGACAGGUACAGAGGGGAACCAUCACAGUUUGUUUGCAGUUAGCCAAGUGGGUGGAGUGCAAUUUGAUCACACCCAGUCACAAACAACUCCAGGAGGGGACACCACCCAGACUUUUGUUGAGGCACAGAGUUUACCUGACGCUAUCUGUCCUAAGUCUGAGGUAGAACAGCCCUUGGAGGUGAAGAAGGAGUCUCCACGUCUCGCUUGUGCCUCUGGCUCCGGCUCUGGCUCCGGCUCCUUUGUUGGGGGGGAGGAAGACAUUGGUCCAGACAGCCUCUCUCUGGCUCAGUCCAGACUCUUGGAAGACUGGAGGCCUGGACCUCUGCAGCUGCAGAACUGCGACACAGACUCUCUCAUUCCCUGCACCAGCCACUCUCUGUCUGACUCAACGGUCUUCAAUCCAGAGAUUCCGGAUGUCCUCUCCCCCGCAGCCAGCGGUAUGCCGCUGCCAUUCUCCAAGCCGUACCAGCCUGGAGAACCCUCGGGGAUCUCGGUCACGGGUCAGCCAUUCUCCAGCCAGAUGAGUGGGGGGAAUGCAAAGAUGGCUGCCUCCAGCAGGAGCCACCACAUCUGUAGGGUCUGUGGCCAGGCUUUCCAGCUGGCUGGGGAGCUACGGAAACACCGUGCCCAGCACCAUAACCACUCCCCUGCAACCGCUGCCCCCAAGAACCCCAAACGGCAGGUUUAUCCGCCGGGCCGCAGCCCCUACCAUUGCUCAUUGUGCGGCCGCGACUUCAACCGCAUGGAGCACCUGAAGAUCCACCAGCGCAUCCACACCGGGGAGCGGCCCUAUGCCUGUUCCGUCUGCAAUGCCCGAUUCCGCCACUCCUGGGCUCUUACAAGGCACUUCCGCAUCCACACAGGUGAGAAGCCCUAUGUGUGCAACCAGUGCGGAAAGACCUUCCGGAACUGUGGGGGGCUCCGCUUCCAUCAGAGGUCCCACUCCAUUGGAGGUGUUCCCUGACCCAACUGGAAUGGGGUGAGGAGCUCUGUGAAUGGACUAUGAUAGGAGAGGUAGAUCAGAAUGGUAAAGAAAGGGUUGUGAUGUCACCUUAGUCAGAGUAGGCAUGGAGAGGAGCUCCACCAACCACGGAGAGCAGUGAUUACAACCAGAUGCUCAUUUCACAAAAAGCGAUUUGCAAGGAUUUUCCCUUGUGUGAAAUGCUCCAAAAAGAACAGGAUAAAUCUAAUGCCUCUCCCAGAUCUUGGCUUGCACGUCGCAACUGUGAAACAAAUUGUGAAACAAGCCCAAAAGUUCACAGCGAUUGGUGAAUACUUUGUGGUGAUACUACUUGGGAAUUCACACAAGUCUCAGAUGUAUAGAUAGAUGGGGGGGGGGGGGGGG